UAUUUGCUUAGUUCACCUUAUUUGUAGUUGUGGUUCAACUUAAAGAGACCAUAUUGUAUGUAACAUCAGAAAAAAAAACUUCAUUUCUUAUAGAACUAGCCAAUUGCAGUACAAACUUAUCCGCACCACCAUUUUCAUAGAUACUCCCCAGAUUCAAUUCAAAAUAUCAGAUGCAUUGAAAAUUUUGUUGUGAAUAUCAUUAUAUUAUGAAGAGUUGAUGAAGUGUUUGAUAAAUAUCCAGAAUUGCUGUUUAGAGUUAAAAAACAUAAAACAUUAAUUGCUGGGCGGGCUGGAGAGAUUUUGAGGCGAUGUUGACUUCAAUAUAUUAGGUAAAAAAAUUACAAAUAAUAAAUUAUCCAAUAUUGCCAAUUCAUUAGACAUAUUAGUUCAGUUGCACGUCCAAACAACCCAGCCAGGAGACACCUCCUUGCCAAUCGUCUCUGAGUUUCCCGAUCCCCGCCGCUCUCAACCAGUGUCACCCUUGAUUAAGAACAUCAUCCAUGUUCACCAAUAACCAGAGGCAGCUAGAGCGAACAGGAAGAUACGGAACCUCCAGAUUGCAAUACCUUCAGGAGCUGGUGAACCAGUUUCAGAACGCAUCUGAGAAUGAAACAAAAGAGAAGAUUUUGGCAAAUUUAGCCAACUUCGCAUAUGAUCCUUACAAUUAUAACUUCUUGCGCCAGCUCAAUGUUUUGGAACUUUUCCUUGACUGCAUAACUGAACCCAAUGAAAAGCUUAUAGAAUUUGGUGUUGGAGGGAUCUGCAAUUGUUGUGUUGAUCCAGUCAAUGCUGCAAUUAUAACAGGAGCUGGUGGGAUUCCCCUUAUCAUUCAAUGUUUAUCAAGCCCAGUUAGGAACACUGUAAAUUAUGCACUCGGGGCACUUUAUUACAUCUGUAAUGAAUCUAACAAGGAAGAGGUUUUAAAGCCUGAAGUUGUUGAUGUCAUCAAGAGGUAUGCAGCAGCUGAAGAAGUAAGUGUGAGCUUCAGUAAUCUGGCUAAAGCUUUUCUGGACAAACAUCUAUCCGGGAACUAGUAAGAUAGACAGCCCAUCAUUCUAUUCUCAAUUAUGAAACUAUAUUUCUUGUGAGGAAUGUGGCCAAUGCAUGCAAUCAAAGAAAAUUUUCACUUCCCUACUCUUCUCUAUAAGGCUACCAUUUUACUCGCAACUUAAAUUACACACUGUUAGAAUAUAAAAAACAUCAAAGAAUAUCUUUAUAUCAUCUUAGGACAUCUUGGUUUAUCGCUUAAGAUCAGUUUCCAAUC